CAUUUUCCAUUUGGCCAGAGUCGCUGUUUCUCCCCCGCUGGUGAAACACUCCUUGCAUUUCGCUGCUGUUUAGGCGAAAGAACAGGAACAUUAAGCUCACUAUAUACACACACUUCACUGUCAUAUAGUAUAUAUAUAUAUAGGUAAACAUAUAUACAUAUAUACACUCGUACCGCAUUUCGUUAAGGAGGUUGCUGUAUACAUUAUGUCCGCAUACAGAGCACCGAGGGCUGGUUUAGCCAAAGAAGAAAGUCAAAAGAUCGAGGCCAACUUUGAUAUAGACAACGCUCGUCUUUGCCUAAAAUGGUUGCAGCAGAUCUCUGGGGAAACCCCCAGCAUCGACUUGUCCGAUGAUAGACGUAAAGCGAUUGAUACAGCAUACGCUGCCCUUAAAGAUGGCAUGUAUCUUAUCAGAGCCGUGAACCUCGCUCUCCCACCUGAAGAAAGAUUAGACCUGAGCAAACGGACAUUUCAGCCAACAGACAGCGAGACAUUUCGUACGGCACGUGAGCGAGAACGAAUUGAGAUCUUCCUAGACAAAUGCCUGGACGUCGGCUUGCUCGACACGAUGAUCUUUCAGAUCGAUUGUCUAUACGAGAGGACAAACCUAUCGCAAGUGAUGUCAACUAUACGAUCUCUUGGCAUUGAGGCACAGACGAAAUAA